CUGCAUUCCUACUUCCUCAUUCUGUUUCUUUACUGCAUAUAUUACACACCCUCCAAGGAGGCAUCAGAGUAUCCAGAGACCAGAGAACUCCACAAUUUAACUGCUUAGUUUUUCAAAAGAACCUUGUCAUUUUGUCUCCUGGCCAUCAGGAAAGGAUUAAGAAAAUGAAGGCUAAAUCAGCUGUGAUUUAACGAAGUUUAAAUCAAGUUCCUGACAUAAAAAGAAGGAAGUUUUCAGGAAAAUCCUGGUUCUUAACAAAAGGCAAAACUGGAAAAGGACCAGAUUGGUUCUGCCCGCAUCUUUACUCCAUACAUAGCUGCUUUCCAGGACAUGAAUCUUGCAAAUUUUCAAGAAAAGGCAACUAUUCUAAUAGCUUGACAUCAAAGAACCUCAUAAAGACCAAUUUCCAGUUGCUGAUAUAAAAAGGAAGUUCUCAGAAAACCCCUGGAAGAAAAUUGCAAAUUGAAAUGAGUGAACAAGUAAAUCUACCUGAAAUUAUAAACGACUGGACCAAAGAGCAUGUGAAACAAUGGGUAACCGAAGUCCUUAAGAUUGAUGAAAAAUAUGGGCAGAUUCUGCUCACUGAAGAAAUAACUGGAUUAGUCCUGCAGGAAUUAACUGAGAAUGACCUUAGAGAAAUGGCUACCACGGGGCCAGCACUUUUAAUAAAACGUAGAUAUGACAAAUUGACUAACAGUUCCUCUGAAAGUAACAAUCAGGAUUCUGGACAAUUAGAUCAUACAAAACUCUUCAAAAAUGAACACCCAAAAAAGCCACAAAAGAUGAAAAAGGAAGAGGAAAAAUCAGUGUUAUCCAAUACUGAUCAUGAUCUCAGAGAGAUCAGAGAUACCAAAGAACAAGAAUCGAUUCUUAUGAAAGAAGAUUCUUUAAGUGAAGGAGUGACCACUGAAGACCGAAGUGAGGAUAAGCUACAAACUAAACACUUGACUUGUAUGCCAUAUCCUUUUGAUCAGUUCCAUAACAGUCAACGUUACAUAGAACAUAGAAUUCUACAACCUGAAACUGGCCCACUCAAUCUCAUAGACCCAAUACAUGAGUUCAAAGCCCUCACAAAUACAGAAGCAGCCACAGAAAAGGACAUUAAGAUGAAAUUUAGCAAUGAAGUCUUUCGAUUUGCAUCAGCUUGUAUGAAUUCACGCACCAAUGGCACUAUCCAUUUUGGAGUCAAGAACACACCGCACGGACAAAUUGUUGGUGUGAAAGUCACUGAUAAGGAUGCCUUCAUUGACCACUUUAAUAUAAUGAUCAGACAAUACUUUGAAGGAAAUGAGAUCAAUGAAGCCAAGAAGUGCAUUCGGGAGCCAAGGUUUGUGGAAGUCCUACUGCAGAACAAUACACCAUCAGACAGAUUUGUCAUUGAAGUAGAUGUUAUUCCAAAACAUUCUGUAUGUGAAGAAAAAUAUUUCUUAAUUAGGAUGCAAAAUUGUAAAAAUGAAACAUGGAAACCAAACCAAGAUCCUUCACUGUUUGUGAGAGACGGUCCCAGCUCUAAGGAUAUCCUGGCCAAUGUCAAGCAACGAGAAAGAGUUUACAAAGAAUUUUUACAAAAUUUGAAGUCAGUGGUAGCAUCUAGAAAAGAGGCUGAAGAAGAAUAUGAGGUGAAGGCAAAUAAGAAGGAGAGUGAAGGACAAAAGCUGGUUAAACUUCUCAUAGGCAACCGAGACUCACUGGAUAAUUCAUACUAUAGCUGGUACAUUCUUGUAACAAAUAAAUGCCAUCCAAACGAAACAAAGAACUUAGAUUUUCUAAAGGAAAUGAAAUUGUUUGCUGUGCUGGAGUUUGACCCUGAAUCUCUGAGCAAGGGUGUGGUCAAAGCUUACAAAAAAGGCCGAGUAGCAAAUCUUCACUUUCCAAAUCAGUUUGAAGAAAAGACAAGUAACAUAAGGGAGAAAAUUUCCAGUUUGAAUCUUUAUGAUCAGCCCAGCUGGAUCUUCUGCAAUGGCAGGUCAGACUUGAAAAAUGAGAGCCAUAAGCCUCUAGAACCACAUUUAUGGCACAGAGAAAGAGCUUCUGAAGUCAGAAAGCUGAUUUUAUUUCUCACAGAUGAAAAUAUAAUGACAAGGGGGAAAUUCUUGGUAGUGUUUCUAUUAUUCUCUCCAGUGGAAAGCCCAGGAGAUCCCCUCAUUGAAACUUUCUGGGCUUUCUACCAAGCUCUCAAAGGAAUGGAAAAUAUAUUGUGUAUCUGUGUAAACUCACAGAUUUAUCAACGAUGGAAAGAUCUGCUACAAACAAGACUGACAACAGCAGAAGAAUUAACGAACCACAGUAUUUCCACUUUAAAUUUAGAAAUCAUAAACAGUACUAUCCUUAAACUAAAACCAGUGACUCAGUCAUCAAGAAGAUUUUUGCCGUCCCAUGGAUUUUCUUCAAUUAUCUUAGAGAAAAAAGAAGAGGAUGUCUUGACUGCACUGGAAAUCCUCUGUGAAAAUGAGUGUAAAGACACUGACAUAGAGAAAGAUAAAUCUAAAUUCCAAGAAUUUAAGACAUCAAAAGAAGAACACUUUUAUCGAGGUGGCAAAGUAUCCUGGUGGAACUUCUAUUUUUCUUCUCAAAACUAUUCUUCAGCUUUUGUCAAAAGGGAUAGUUACGAUAAGCUUAAAGAUCUGAUACAGUGCUUGGCAGACUCUCCUAAACCAGUAUUUGCAAAACUUAUCAAUCUUUAUCACCACCCAGGCUGUGGAGGUACUACCUUGGCCAUGAAUAUUCUCUGGGACCUAAAGAAAAACUUUAGAUGUGCUGUGUUAAAAAACAAAACAACUGAUUUUGGAGAAAUUGUAGAACAAGUGACCAAAUUGAUUACCUAUAAGGCAACCAGCCAUGAAGAUUACUUUCCCGUACUCCUCCUUGUGGAUGAUUUUGAAGACCAGGAAAACGUUUAUGUCCUGCAGAAUGCCAUCGAUUCCAUUUUAGCAGACAAGGGUUUGAGAUAUGAAAAAACACUGGUAAUUAUCUUAAACUGCAUGAGAUCCCAGAAUCCUGAUGAAACUGCAAAAUUAGCAGACAGUGUUGCCCUAACCUACCAACUUUCUCCUAAGGAACAAAGAGCUUUUGAGGCCAAACUGGAAGAAAUUGAAAAGGAACACAAAAACUGUGAAAACUUUUAUUCCUUCAUGAUCUUGAAAAAAAGUUUUAAUAAAAUGUAUAUAGAAAAGGUAGUCCGGAAUAUCCUAAAAGGACAGAAUGUGGACAGCAAGGAAGGACAACUCAUUUCUUUCCUGGCUCUACUCAACUCUUAUGUUACUGAUUCUACAAUCUCAGUAUCACAGUGUGAAAUAUUUUUGGGAAUCAGACACACUAGUACCCCCUGGGAACCUGAAAGCCUAGAGGACAAGAUGGGAGCUUAUUCUACACUUCUAAUAAACACAGAAGUUGCAGAUUUUGGGAGAUACACAGGUGUGCGCAUCAUUCAUCCUUUGAUUGCCAUCUCCUGUCUGAAAGAACUGAAAAAAAGCUAUAACUUGAAUAUGUGUCAAAUUGCACUAAAGGUCUUAAAGGAGGAUUUAUUCUAUAAAAGUGGAAUAGGAAGAGAAAAAUUUCAACACGACGUGCAAAUUCUUCUGCUAACAAGACAGCGUAAGGAGUACGGGGAUGAAACAGACACUUUGUUUGCCCCAUUAAUAGAAGCUUUAGAGAAUGAAGAAAUCGAAAAGGUCUUGGUGGCUGGGACUGUUCGAUUCCCACAAAAUGCAUUCAUUUGUCAGGCCUUAGCGAGAUAUUUCUACAUUAAAGAGAAGAAUUUUAGCAUUGCUCUGGAUUGGGCAAACCAGGCCAAAAAGGGAGCACCUAAAAAUUCCUAUAUCUCAGAUACCCUUGGUCAAGUCUACAAAAGUCGAAUCAGGUGGUGGUUGGAUGAAAAGAAAAACGCUAAGGAUAUUACAGUUAAUGAUCUAAUAUCCCUCCUGGAAGCCGCUGAAAAUGCCUCAAAAGCUUUUAAAAAAUCCCAAGAACAAGCCGAGAGGAAAGCCUGUGAAACGGAGGCCUGGACACCACAGAAAUUACAAAGAAAAUAUGACACAUACAACACGGUCGGUUUCGUCGGUGAAAUAGAAGUUGGUCUUUACGCUAUUCAGAUUCUCCAGCUCACACCCUGUUUCCUCAAAGAAAAUGGAUUAUCUAAAAGAGAUAUGGUAGACUUUUUAUCAGGAAAGGGGAUGAAUCCCACAGAUCCAAAAUGUGAAUAUUAUUUGGCUCUUAGCAAGUUCACAUCCUACUUAGAAAAUUUACAAUCAGAUUUGAAAAGGUGCUUUGACUUUCUUGCAGAUUAUAUUGUUCUUUUGAAAAUGAGGAACACCCUAAAAGAAACAGGAGAAAUCUCAUUAAACAAGAAAAUCACUCGUUCUUUCAGGAAAUAUAGGGAACUUUUCUGCUGUUUGGAUUUGGGUUUGCCACAAAACAAGGAGAAUCAGUUAUACCAAGAGGAGACUUGCAGGAAAGGUAUAGAAGCUUUGAGAGCAGAUAGGUUUUCUGGACUCCUGGAAUAUCUUCAUCCAAAUCGCAGAGAUGCUGCAACCAACAUGGAAAGUAUAGUGAACAAAUAUUCUUCCCUACUGCAGCAAAACCCAAAUAAGCAGCUGAAAAUUGAGAAACUAAAUUUCAUUUUAGCCAACAUUAUUCUUAAUUGCCUAAAACCUCACUCCAAGCUCAUCCAACCGCUUAGUAUACUGAAAAAACAGCUCCGAGAAGUGUUGCAAUCCAUAGGACCAAGUCAAUAUCCAGACCCUUAUUUUUUGGCCUGCCUUCUGUUCUGGCCAGAAAAUCAAGAACUAGAUGAAGAUUCCAAACUCAUGGAAAAGUAUGUUUCUUCCUUAAACAGAACCUUCAAGAGGCAAUACAGGAGCAUGUGCAGGUCCAAGCAGGCAAGCACUCUGUUUUAUCUGGGAAAGAGGAAGGGGCUCCACAGUCUUGUUUGCAAGGCUGAGAUAGAGCAAUACUUAAAUAAAGCACAAAAUGUAAAUUCCCUCUUGCCAAGUGGAGACCCGUGGAAAAAAAAAGAAGUCAAAGACCUCCUGUGUCGUCUAACUGGUCAAGCUGAAGGCAAGCUGAUCUCUGUAGAGUACGGAACAGAGAACAAAAUUAGAAUACCAGUGAUACCUGUUUAUUCGGGUCCACUCAGAAAUGGUGGGAACAUAGAAAGAGUGUCCUUCUACCUGGGAUUUUCCAUUGAAGGCCCCCAAGCAUAUGACAUAGAAAUAAUUUAAGAAGCUAUAUUAACUCAAAUAUAUUUAUUCAUAAUCUAUGAUUUUCUUCCCUCUCUCUAUUCUCAUGGCAUUUUGAUAACAUUAGCUUACCUGUAAAUCACAGAUUUUGCUUUUGUGAACUAUAAGGUUUUUGAUGGCAUGAAAUGUGUCUACACACAGAGCUUGGCACACAGUAGAGUUGAUUGUUCAAUGUUUUAAAAUGCAUUUUCAGACUACAUUGUAUCUGUACAAUUACAUUGUACCAGUAUCCACUGGUCAUAUCAUAACUGGUUGUAGAUCAAUAAAAUCUGUUUUAAUUCUAUCACCCUUGUGAAUAUUCUGAAUUGUGAAUUAUUUUAUUCAAUGGGAAAGUAGAGAUUUAAAUAAGAUGAUUAUGGAAGGAAAAGCUCCUCCUCAGUUUUUGGAAAUCAAACCAAGGGAGCCACACCAGUGUUCCACUUACCUCAUCUUGGUAUCGAUAAAAAUGCAUGGGAAGUAAAUAUUUCAUUCUCUUCCUCCAUCCACCCCUCCCCCUAUACAUAUACAUACACAAUUCCUGGACUCCUUGCCCUUCUCCCAACUUCUUGCUUCAGGGAGGGGGAAGAGAAGAGAAAACAAAGUAGUCACAAGCUUGGACUCCCUCUGUCCUCUUCCUCCCAUUUACAGAUAAAACUCUCUUUGGCCACUCUUGCUUCCUGUCAACAUGGUCUUAUCUUCACCUGUUCUUUACAGCCCAUCUCUCCUGUCUUCUGUUUUACACUGCCAUCUUUUCCUUUUUUAUUUCUCAACCUGUGCUAUGUGCUGUUCUCUCUGUCAAAUAUUCCCUUAUUUUCAUCCAACACUUUCCAUAUGAUUCUUCUGCUUUGUCCAUCAUAACUCAGUUUGAAUCAGCUCCACCAGAAAAUUUUCCCUGGCCCUUAUAACAUAUGCCUGACUUCUAAGAUAACUUCCUCAUGGCAGUAUGCGUUCCCAACUUUGCAGUGCCAGGACUGCCAUCCCAGAACCUCGCCCCUAGACUUAAACUAGCCAGAAGGGCAUCGAACAGUGUUCCAGAGCUUGGAUUUUAAGAGCUAUCCAUUGCUUAUAAAGCGAAACACAUGCCAGUGUAGAUUAAGUCAAAUACUUAGCAAAUAGAUGUUUAUUUAUCUACUUCUUCAUAUCUCCUUAUAAGUUACUUAGGUAUUUCAGGUUUCAAACCCAAUUCCUCUUGUCAUCAAGAUGCCUAUUCCCUAUCAGUGUUCUUCUCACCAGUAUUUCUAUGAAUCUCUGGGGAAUGCUCAUAUGGCCCACAAACAUGUCCCAUUGCUAGAAGCCACAUCUGCUCCUGCCCUUGCUCCAAACUGCAGCCUCCCUUUUCCAUGGCCCACCUGUCCAUCUGGUAGCAGCCUGUCCCACAUGGCCGCACCCCCCUGGACACAGGCCCAGCCCUUAAACCUUCCCAACUCAGCUAAGACUGAGCUACAGCAUUCAGCAAGACUAAACUAACAGUUUGACAUAAAAGAAAAAAGUUAACGUAGAAGGAGGAAAAUUGUUAAAUAUCCCUGUUAUUCAUAACUAUCCUCCUCGUUCAUAGACCCAGCUCCUCUACAAGGCUUUUUAGGGGGCUUCUCUCUUUUCAGUCCCCUUUCAACACCUAUAUCAUAGGAUGGCCCUCGCUCAGCUCUUCCACAUGAGACAACCCCUAAACAUGAAUCGUUGACUUGAAGAUUAGUAUGCCAACCAUCUGAGUCUCCAGAAAGAAUUAUGUUUUUUCUGAAAAGAACUAUAAUAUGCAGAGAUGUCACCCGCCCACAAAGAGGACAGAGUUUUACAUGAUUAUAUAGAGCUGUUCAACUCUCUAUUUUAGAACAGAUUCUUUGCUUUACCAUUCUAGAAUCAAAGAUCCCAUUAAAAUGUUUUUUUUCCCCAGAAUAAAUGCCUAGUCUUCCUUCAAAGGUGAACUUGUGUUCUACCUAUAGAAAAUUAUGAAAAUUUAUAGUAUCCUGGCACAAAAACAGAC